GCAAAAUGUUCCCAACUAUCGGUGACGUCCACCUGGCCCCCUUCACAGAUGAGCAGCUCUACAUGGAGCAGUUCACAAAGGCCAACUUCUGGUACCAGCCCUCCUUCCACGGUGUAGACCUCUCUGCCCUGCGGGCGGCAGCGGUGGAUGAGUAUUUCCGCCAGCCAAUUGUGGACACAUUUGAUAUCCGUAUCUUGAUGGCCAAGUCAGUCAAAUACACAGUCAACUUCCUGGAGGCCAAAGAAGAGGAUCUUUACAGGAUAGAGAUUCCCUUUAAGUUCCACAUGAUGCACUCUGGUCUGGUGCACGGCCUGGCCUUCUGGUUUGACGUUGCGUUUGUGGGCUCAUCGAUGACGGUUUGGCUGUCCACGGCCCCCACAGAGCCCCUCACCCACUGGUACCAGGUGCGCUGUCUGCUGCAGUCCCCCCUCUUCACCAAGGCCGGAGACACGCUGUCCGGCACCGCCGUGCUGAUGGCCAACAAGAGGUACGACGCUAAACGCUAUGUUCUCUAG